AUCGUUCAGUUGUCAAGAUGUGGGCUCCUACUCUCCUGAUUACAUUGGCUACUUUGACUUUGACAGUUCAGGCCGCUUCAGUUGGCCAGGAGUGUGGAAAAUUCAAUGAAGAGCAGUACAAGAAAACCAAUCUUAUCACCGAACCGAAUGAGCAUCCUUGGGUUGGAAGGAUCGUAGAUGAAGACAAAAAAUUGUUAUGCGGUGGAAUCCUUAUAGAUUCCCGACAUGUUUUGACAGCGGGCCACUGUGUUGAACAUCGUGGAUUUAGUGAACAUAAUGUUUUCGGAGUAGUUUUUGGCGAGUCGGACUCCAGCAGCAUUUUGCGGGUUGGCUCAGUCACUAUUCAUCCAGAUUACAGCAAACACCAGCACGACUUGGCUAUAAUCGAACUGACUAAGGACGUGGAGUUUACAGACCUUGUUCAACCCAUUUGCUUGCCUUCCGAAGAGGUUCCAAAAACUGAAUCAGAUCUUAUCAUUGCGGGAUUCGAGGGACCAAGUAUUCGAGGUCCAACUGCGGAGAGGUUGGAUAAGCGUAUAAAAAUGGCCUUCAAUAGAACCGACAUCAAUGAAUGUCAAAAGCUGGAGAAGAAAUUCCCAGGAGAUCUAAUUUGUGGUCAUACUGAGAUUGGUCCCCUGUCAGGAUCUGCUUUGGUAGAUGCUUCCGGAAAUCCUCGGAAAUACCAUCUGAUUGGGAUUACUACAUCUGGCUUCAAUAAAGGCGAUAAUUUAUACCUCGGAAAUGUAAACAUUCGUCUCUAUUUAGAUUGGAUUCAAAAGAAUACCUCAAAAUAAGUAAUCCGUCGAUUAAGUUUUAUAUUAUUUUUGGGUUUUUAAUUUUUGUUUAACAAACUGAGUUUUUUUACUAGUUGAUCUAUAUAGAAAUUUGUGUGCUUUUGAAAGUGUUGUGAUUUUAAAUUCGACAAGAUUACGAACUGAAAAAUAAUAAUAAAACAAGAGGAAACGCUAUAGUCGAGUGCCGCGACUAUAAGAUA